AUGUCGAUCAAAUUCGCACGGCUAUCUCGCUGGGGUGCCGAUGAUGUGACUGUAUUACUAGCAUACAUAUUUCUGCUUGGGUUUCUUCCAGAUGACGAGAUCUUAGAGAAGGGCGCAGCAGGAAAGGACGUGUGGACCAUCACCUUCAAGCAAAUGAGCGACUUCUUUCUGUCAGGCUACAUUGCUCAGAUCUUGUACCACUCAUGCAUGGCUCUGAUCAAGGCCUCUAUCAUAUUCUUCCUCCUUCGAAUAUUCACCGACGGUAAAACUCGCAUAGUUCUCUGGUGCACACAGGCCAUCAACGCCAUGAUCGGGGCUACGUUCCUCUUCGCCGGCCUCUUCCAGUGCAGCCCAGUGGACCUCGUCUGGAAACUGACGGAGGGGUUUCAUGAAGGCCACUGCAUCAACGUCAUUGUUUUGACCGUCGCUCACGCCGCUAUCAAUAUUGUACUCGACGUUUGGAUACUUAUUAUACCCUCUGUUCGAGUGUGGAAGAUGAAUAUGAGGACACGUGAUAAAUGGGCUGCGUCAGCCAUGUUCAGUCUUGGCUUAUUCCUUACCAUUACGAGCAUCAUUCGUCUUCGAGCCAUUCAGGUUAACUGGGCAGGUGCUUUCGCCAACCCUACAGGUAUGUGGUACUACUAA